AUGGCCUCAACAACCCCGAGGGACCUCUACGCCUCGCUACGAUCACUGCAUCGUGCCGCACAAAACGGUCCACACCCCUCUCCAAAUCUAUCCUUGCCCGACCGAUCCCGACUCGCAUCAACCGACACCGCCAUCGCUUUCGUCGCCCAACAUACCGAACAUCUCUACGCAAAACAAGAAUCCUCUUUCGUCGAAAUCAUCGCCGUGAAGCAUGGCGUUGAGAACCUCGGAAACAAAGUCAACCACUUUGAAUCCGGCGUCAAAGGCGCCCUGACCUCGCUGGCCGGUCGUUUGGACAGUGUCGAGGAGCGCCUGGAUGGGGUCGAAGAAAACUUAGGUGAGCUCCGAAGCCAGGUCAAGAACGUCGAAAGCCAGGUCAAGAACGUCGAAAGCCAGGUCAAGACCUUGCAAAAUAACGUCCAAAGCAUCGAGAAUCUGGUCCGCAACACCACCUCCAUACAAUUGAACAGCUUAGCAAAAUGGCGAGAUGACCCCGUCCAUCCCAUUUUCUCCUCCGCAGGAGGACUCGCACCCGAUUUUCCCAACACCGUCUAUCAAUUUUGGGCCUUACUCAUGAAUCCCACCGCCUUGACCCGUCUAGCACAGCACUAUGAGAUAGGGGGCUGGGAACGAUGGCAACGCAGUUCAUCGCAUGAGACCGAUGUCACCGAGUUUCUUGCCUUGGAGGAUGCCGUGGCAACCUGCCCAGAACGUUGCUUACAGGCCCUGGCCGGGAAAUGGGGUCUGCAUUAUCAUCAGCUGCAGCCGCCGGAAUCUCGUACAAAGCGCAAGGCAGACUCUGAGGACUCCGCACAAUCCAGAAGACGACCGAGAGUGGAUUUCGACGAGGUCGUCGAGUCCGUCAUCUCCCAAGAUGACCGGGGCAGAUACACGUGGCAAAAUCGAAACAUACGGAUCGGUCCCCGCCAACCGUUGCCAGAAUCAAGUGAAAUAUCAUUCACCGAAGUCCUCAGACGAUAUCCAAACCCGCCGGGGCACCUCAGGGUCUCGUUUGAAUCCGCCGAAAUUAGACACCUACCCCGUCCAUCCACACCAAGUCCAGAACGUCCUGCCCAUGCCGCGGCGUCAAGUCACAGUUAG